AGCGUGUCUACUUUUCUACAUGAUUUGCUAAUUACUCUUGUUGUACAUGCUUCCUUCUUCAUCAACCUCACGCUCCCUAUAUUGCACAUCCAUUGAUCUCCAUUCCUCGACACCAACCGUGCAUGAGUCAUGUCCAUUGCAAGGAUUUUUGGUAUGGGGCUCCGUAACAAGCGAGUAUCAACGACUGCUUUUCGCUACAACGCAAAUCGGAAUUCCAAAGUGCAGUUGCGCUCAAUAGUGCGAUACAGACAUUCAUCUCCAAGUCAAGAAUUUGAGACAAACUCCGCAGAAAUUCGCGUCAACAGUACCACCAUAACUAUCAAACAACCCGACGAGGAUGAUCUUCAGUACGACCAUUUCUAUCUUUUCGAUCACUGCCGCUGUCCGCAAUGUUUCCACCCUCGCACCAAGCAGAGACUGAAGACUUUAUCCCAGAUACCUUCUGAUAUACACCCUACAGCCGUUGCGCUGAGUAGAUCAGGUUUGCAUAUCACGUGGUCGACGCCGUCUGCCCAUACGUCUUUUUUUCCCGCUGGCUUCCUCAGGCGAGCGGCAUAUGAGACUCAACUUUCUGAGCAUGUAGACUGUCGUGACGACCGCACACUAUGGAACUCUGAGAUAUCAAAAUCACCUCCUUAUGUUGCGUAUGAUGACAUUAUGUCACAACAGGUACAUCAGCAUGAACAAGCUGUACUGCAGGUCUUGAAUAAAGUGCAUCAAUUUGGCUUCUGCUUCGUUACUGGAGUUCCAAUAGAUGCAAAGGAAACUGAGACACUUAUUAAAUCUAUAGGUCCUAUCAGACAGACCCAUUACGGCGGCUUUUGGUCAUUUACCGCAGACUUAAGCCAUGGUGAUCUGGCAUACAGUGCUCAAUCAUUACCGGCUCACACGGACACCACAUAUUUUACGGAUCCUGCCGGCCUUCAGAUCUUUCAUCUUCUAUCACAUCCUUCACCUGGGCAAGGCGGUAAAACUCUGCUGGCAGACGGCUUUCAUGCAGCUUCGCAACUUUCAGCCGUCGAUCCUGCCUCUUAUUCUGUUCUUUCGCGGCUCCCUAUUCCAGCUCACGCAUCAGGGACCAAGGGGACUCUAUUGAGACCACUGAUUAGUUUUCCGGUUCUGCGACAUGAUGAAUGUGGACGCCUGGCUCAAGUAAGAUGGAACAACGAAGAUCGCGGAAUUAUUGGGCAUGGCUGGUCUGCUACAGAAGUCCGCCAAUGGUACCAGGCGGCGCAACGAUUCGAAUCAUUGGUAAAAAGUGAGCAAAACGAGUAUUGGGUACAGCUUAAUCCUGGAACAAUGUUGAUAAUUGAUAACUGGAGAGUCAUGCAUGGACGGUCAGAGUUUACGGGAUCUCGCACAAUGUGUGGUGCUUACAUUGGCGCGGAUGACUGGUAUUCUCGGCGGGCAGUUCUGACGGAACGGCAUGGAGAUGUAGGGGGAAUGGACGACGUAUGGCGCUUCGGUUGGUAAACAAUGCAAGAACGAAGCAGAAAUCAUAC